UCUGCGUAAAAAUCUAUUUUUACACUCCUCAAGAGUUUCCUCUGCAGCUGAGCGCCGAGGCUGGUCUGACAGAGAUAGAGAGCACACGCAGACAUAAGCUCCGCCCCCCUGUGGAGGUCCUGCCCCUCCUCUGCCUCAGCGGGAGUACAUGUGCUGCAGCGAGAGCGGAGAAGGCAGUUCAGAGCACGAGCCAAAGAGCACACACCCAGCAGCCGACCGCCCGAGCGAGAGCAGCACCGCCGUAUUCUUCUGGCCACCCCACUAUUCCCGCCCGUGCUUCCCGCUGAGCCAUAGUUACCAUGGAAACCCCGAGCCAAAAGCGGACCAUGCGCGUCAUGUCUCCGGCCCGCAUCACCCGGCUGCAGGAGAAGGAGGACCUGUGCAAUCUCAACGACCGUCUGGCCGUCUACAUCGACAAGGUGCGCUCCCUGGAGGCGGAGAACGCCGGGCUGCGGCUGCGCAUCUCCGAGUCGGAGUCGCUGGUGACCCGCGACCUGUCGGGCAUAAAGGCCGCCUACGAAAACGAGCUGGCCGACGCCCGCCACGCCCUGGACCAGGUGGCCAAGGAGAAGGCGCGCCUGCAGCUGGACCUGGGGAAGAUCAGGGAGGAGCACAAGGAGCUGAAGGCCAGAAACACCAAGAAGGAGUUGGACUUGGAGGCGGCUUUGGCCAGACUCAGGGACCUGGAGGCCCUGCUGAACUCCAAAGACGCGGCUCUGUCCACCGCCCUGGGGGAGAAGCGAACUCUGGAGGCGGAGCUGAAGGACCUGAAGGCCCAGCUAGCUAAGCUGGAUAUCAACUUGGCCGAUGCCAAGAAGCAGCUGCAGGAUGAGAUGCUGAGGAGAGUGGACGCAGAGAACCGCCUGCAGACCAUAAAGGAGGAGCUGGAAUUCCAGAAGAACAUCUACAAUGAGGAGCUGCGCGAGUCCAAGCGGCGCUGCGAGUCGCGGAUGGUGGAGAUCGACUGCGGCCGGCAGCAAGAGUUCGAGUCCAAGCUGGCAGCCGCUCUGACCGAGCUGCGAGCUCAGCACGAAGAGCAGGUCGGCCUGUACAAGGAAGAACUGGAGAAGACCUACAACUCCAAGCUGGAGAACGCCCGUUCCUCGGCUGAGAGGACCACCAGCUUGGUGGGAGCUGCCCACGAGGAGCUGCAGCAGACCCGGACCCGUCUGGAGGGCGUGACGCUCCAGCUGAGCCAGCUGCAGAAGCAGCUCUCAGCCAGCGAGGCUAAGGUGCGCGAGCUGGAGGAGACUAUGUCCCGGGAACGGGACCUGAUGAGGCGGCGCCUUGAGGACAAAGAUCGGGAGAUGGCGGACAUCCGAGCCCGGAUGCAGCUGCAGCUGGACGAGUACCAGGAGCUGCUGGACAUUAAACUGGCUCUGGACAUGGAGAUCAGCGCCUACAGGAAGCUGCUGGAGGGAGAGGAGGAGAGGCUGCGUCUGUCACCCAGCCCCACUUCCACCAAGGUCACAGUGACCCGCUCCGCCGGCUCCUCCCACGCCAGCCGCCUGCUCCACUCCUCCGCCGUGGCGUCCAGCAGCCGCACGUCCUCCGGCGCCAGCAGCACCAAGAAGCGGCGCCUCAACGACAGCGAGGCGUCCAGCAUGGUGGGGGGGACCGUGGUGAAGUCCCACAUCAGCCAGCAGGCGUCGGCCAGCGGCCGCAUUAUGGUGAACGAGGUGGACCUGGAGGGCAAGUUCAUCCGUCUGAGCAACAAGUCUGACGAGGAUCAGUCUCUGGGGGGCUGGCAGGUGAAGGCGCAGGUGGGGGACGGCGACCCCAUCACCUACAAGUUCCCCAGCAAGUUCAGUCUGAAGGGCGGAGCCACCGUGACGAUCUGGGCGGCGGCCGGCGGAGGAACCCACAACCCCCCCACCGACCUGGUGUGGAAGAACCAGAACUCAUGGGGGUCCGGAGACCUCCUGCAGAUCAUUCUCGUCAGCUCCAGCGGGGAGGAAAUGGCGGCGAGGAAAGUGACGCGCACGCUUUUCCAGGAAGAUGAGGAAGACGAUGAAACGGGAGCUCACAGCACGAGCGGCGAGUACAACCUUCGCAGCCGCACGGUGAUCUGCGACUCGUGUGGACAGACGUCGGAGCGUGGUGGCGGGGGUCUGGCAGAAGGCCUUGUGGGACAUUCCCUCUUCAUGGGAACCAAUGAGCCCAGACAGGGCCGGGUCAAGCCGGAGAACUGCUCCAUCAUGUAGGAACCAAAGCAGACCUCACCAGGAAGCAUUGCCAAAAGUUUUCCACCUUCAGGAUGUUUGUCUUGAUGUUUUUUUUUCUAAAUCUUUGACUUUUGUUGUUUUUGUACUCGAAUUUCUCUGCAGCUUCACCGCUCUGGCCGCAGAAGCGUUCUGCUUUCACGUGUACCUGUUUACGAUUCGGUCCGACUCGGGGGUUCUUAGUGAUGACAAAGCUGUCGACACUCAACACGCACAGCAGGAGGCUCCGCCUCCCCCCGGACUGAUCCAUUUUGGUUGGUUUUGACUUGUUUUUGUGCUGCGUUUAUAUAAAAUGGGAAAAUAUAUUUAUGCUUCCAAAGGACGCCGGGUUGGCUCAGGUGAACAUUUUAUACAGAUUAGAACGUUUGUUUGAUGAAAACACUAAAUUGUGGUACUUUAUUUUUUUACGGCCGAACUUGUUUUCCUGAAAACGUCGGAUCAGGACUGUAGAAUAAUGAAUGCCCUGAAAGCAGCGUCUGCUUCCAGCUCCAAACGUGCCUUUGGAGGACCGCCGUCUCCGCCUCCUCUCCUCGGUUUGCUCUCUAAAAACUCUUCCGCGGGGCUUGUCUUUUCUUGUCUUUGGUUCCUGUUAGGUUUAGCGGCUUUCCGACCCCCCAGCAGGACUUUUUGUUGUACUGUAGUGUGGCAGCUCAAAAAUUCUCCCGUGAAAAGUUUAUCAGAAAAUGUACAGAAAAUACUUGAUACUGUUUGUUUUUUCUUUCUUGCUCCAAGUGCCUUUAGAUGUCUAGAAGUUCUUGUUAAGCAUUUAUAAUCAUGUUUUCUUAAACUCUAAAGAUCUUGAAGAUCUUGCGUUUUCCCUGAAGAAUUUCUUCUUUUCCUUGGACAAGAUUUGCUGGAUCAUGUUAUGGAAAAUCCAUGUAUUGAUGUCAUAUUAUUUUUUUCUUGAAUAUCAAGUAAAACUUCUAUUUUCCACUAA